CCAUCAGAGCAACCAUGGACCUCGUUGAGGACGCUGCUGCAGCUGUUGUUGACACACACCAACUCGUGUCGCAACUGCCUGCCGCAGAACCCAUGGAAGCUGCCGAAAUCGAGCAAUCUGAAGACACGACACCACUGGCUCAACUCGACGGCGUCGACGGCGCCGACGCUGCUGCUGAGCACGCCGAGUCUGCACUGGCUGCGCUCGAGGAUGCGCCUUCAACCGCCGACGCAGUCGCUGAAGAGGCAGCUGUCGCUACAGAGUCUGUUGUUGCGGAGGCUGCUGCUGAGGUCGCCGAGGCUGCCGCUGACGUUGCCGAGCACGCCGCCGACGCCGCCGAGGCUGCUGCUGCUGCUAACGAGGCAACCGACACAACCGACGUUGCUCUGGCCAACCCUUCCGACGACGACGCCGCCGCCGCCGCCCCUGCCGAACACACAGAAGCGCCCGCUGAGCCCGCAGAAGAGCAAGCCGCGCCGAUGGACAUGUUGGACGCCGCGACCGCGGAAUACACUUCGACCGACGAUACACACCACACUGGCGACGAGACACAACCCCAACAGAUGGACACGCAGGAUUCGAAACCGACAGACGAGGCAGCGGAUACUGCUGCCAGCAGCAGCGACGACUCUGCCAACGCGCGGCCAAAGCGAUCCUUUGACGAAAUGUCGAACGAGGACGCGGAGCCUGCGCACGGCGAGGACGCCUCGACCGAGUUUGACUUGAUUGAUGCGGCGGCUGCCGCUGCUGUCGACAACAACAACAACAACAACGCGGCAGCAGGCGACGACGCUCACCAAGCCAAGCGGGCACGUCUGGACGGCGAGCAGUCUGCUGCGCCUGCAGAGUCGGCUGACGCUUCCACAGCGCCAGCAGCAGAGCAACACACUAGCGCGGACGAUCAAUACUACAACGACGAGUUUGACGACCACUACACAUUCACGGACGCGGAGGCUGAAGGCGGGCUCGGCGUUGACGAGACGGAGGACGCAGCAGACGAGGCACAGCACGACGACGGCGCCCCCCAUGCUGACGGCUCUGAUGCUGCUCACACUGCUGACGCGUCUGCGGCCGCAUCGUCGUCGGAGGACGGUAGCGGCAUUCCUGCGUCCCGACGAACGACCGACCACCUGCAAUGGUACCUGAAGCGUCUGUUGCCUGCCCUUUUCAAAAAGGACACUGCCAAGUGGUUUCACAAGCCAGUGGACCUGAACAAGCUGCCUCACUACAGGGAGGUGAUUGAGACGCCAAUGGACUUUAGCACCAUCCGCGCACGCAUCAACUCUGGCUACUAUCCCGACGCCGAGGCAUGCCGGAAGGACAUUGAGCUGGUCUUUUCCAACUGCUUCAAGUACAACGCGCCCGGCGACAACGUCACGGUUGCCGGCGAGCAAGUCAAGGCACACUACGAAAAAGUGUUGGAGGAAAAGAAAACCCCUGACGUCCGCAUCAUCCUUCCCGAGAAGAACAGCAAGCCGCGCGCGCCAGCAACGUCCAUUUCUGCACCGUUCGACCCCAAUGCGUUUGGUGGUCAGCGUCGCAUGUCCAAGCAAGAGCGUGCUGUCAGCGCCCUGACAACCAAGCAGCUCAAGUUUUGCGGCGAUACCCUCAAGUUCAUCACCUCUGGCUCCAACCAAGGGCUUGCAAACCCCUUCAUGGAACCCGUCGACCCCAUCAAGCACCACGCCUUGAACUACCACGAAAUUAUUAAAAAUCCGAUGGACUUUGGCACCAUUCAGCGACGAUUCCGACAAAAGUACUAUACCAACGCCCUCGACUUUGCCGACGAUGUGCGGCUCGUCUUCUCCAACUGCUUGCUGUACAACCCUCCAGACCACUUUGUGGCGGACAUGGCCAGGAAACUGUCGGCAAUCUUUGAAACGCGCUUCCUCAGCCUGCCCCAACAGUCGGACGACCCGAUGGUCUCGCAACCCCUGUCCCCCGACUCGCCCAGCCACGCGGACUUUGUUGCCACCAAAAAGGCAUCUUCUGCAAAGAAGAAGGCGCCGCCAAAGGCCGCACACGCCGCGCACGCGUCGUACCAUCCCGCCCCGCACCAACCCGUCCUGACGCAUGCUCCGCCAGCUGCCACUCUCGCGCGAUCCGGGCUUGGCGGCACUGUGCGCAAACACGAGCCAGCGCCAGCCGCGUACAAUGCGGACUUCCACGGCGACUUUGACACUGACCUCUUCCCGAACGAUUCGGGCUUUGCGUCUCAACCCGCAGCGCCCCUCCCCUCGGCCAUGGCCAUGCCCGCGCCUGUUGUCGAGAAGCCCAAAAAGCAAAAGCGCCCAUCCACCAACACUGCCAUCACUGGCGGCUCGACGAUUUCUCACGGUGGUGCGUCGCCCAGCCCCUACCUCCCGCACAUUCCCGCAAGCAGCGGCGUGUCGGCCCUCCCUUCGAGCGCGGCUCCGACCACCGCCGCAGCUGCCUCUGCUGCAGCACUCGAUUCUUCCGUCCAGCUCAAGCAACUGGAGAUGCAACAAAAGAUUCUCGAGUUGCAGGUUCAGCUGAAGCAGUACGAACUGCUGCAGCAACAACAACAAACAUCGCAAACAACACCUUCGGCCGUCGGCGGAAACAACUUUGGCCAGCCCUUCCCACCAAUGUUGCCAGCGCAGUCACAGCAGCUCUUGCAACAACCGCCGCUCCCCGUCGCCAACCCCACCCCUGCUUCCAAAAAGAAGAAUGCUGCUGCGUCCAACCCGGUCACCCCGCAACCGCUCAGCACUGGCAUGGGCUUGCCAUACAUGCAGCCUGCCUUCAACAUGCUCGGCAUGCCAAACAUGCCCAGCUUGUCGACCAUGCCAAACAUGUCGAACAUGUCCAACCUGUCCACCAUGCCCAACCUGUCAACCAUGCCAAACAUGUCCACCAUGCCCGGCAUGUAUGGUGGUCUGCCGUCCACUCCGGGCGCCGUGACGGGCCUGAACGCUUACCAACCAGUCGCCCCUCCGCCAGUCACGCCCGCAACCUCGUUGCCACCGGCAGCGGCGCCCAAAUCCACACCAAAGGCCGCCUCAGCCACCAAGGCCAAGGCCACUCCUUCGAGCGCCAAGAGCAAGCAACAGAGCGGCGGCAUUGCCAUCCCCGCUCCCGAGCCAGUGGCCGUGCCCAUGACGUACUUUGAGAAGCAACAACUCUCGAAAGACAUUGCGCGUCUCCCCGCCGAGAAGAUUGGCGAAGUCAUUCACAUCAUUCAGUCGCGCACGCCCGAGCUCCAAGCUAACGACCCCGACGAAAUGGAGGUGGACAUUGACGCGAUGGACCCGGGUACGCUGCGCGCACUCGAGAAGUUUGUCAAGAGCGUCUUCCAACCUGCCGUGGCUGCGUCUGCCAAAAAGCCUCCGGCCAAGCAGCGCAAGGAUGCUAUCAAGAAGCCACAGGCCAAGAAGGGUAACGCGAAGAAAGCUAGUGAUAGCGAUAGCGACUCUGACAGCGACAGCAGCUCGUCCUCGAGCUCUGAUUCGAGCUCUGAUUCUGAAACGGAAGAUGCUAAGCCUACCACCAAGCCUGCAUCUGCAAAGUCCAAGCCAGCACCUGCGUCCGUCUCCAAAGCUGUUCCCGCCGCAGCCCCUGUCCAACCUGCACCGGUUGCUGCACGCGCCGCAUCUCCACAUGUCGACGUCUCGUCGUUUGUGUCGGACCUGGACACCACCGGAACACCCGCUUUGGGCAUGGGCUCGCACACCACCGGCAACCCCGUGUCCGCCGCGGCCGCCGACCGUAUCGACUUUUCCGUGGACUUGUCCGCGACUGGCCUGCAUCCCAACAUCCCACUGCAAGGGUUGAACGACACAAAGGCAAUUCCCAUGCUUCUUGAGUCCGGGUGGAAGGAGCAGGAUUUAGAGCUGCACAACGAGGGCGCCUGGUCCAACCUUGCCGACCUCGACUCGAGCGAUGUUGGCGCAGAUUCCAUGGCCGCCAGCUCGUCAGAGUUUGAGCAGUUCAAACAACGCGCCCUCCAAAAGUCCGAGCGCGAACGAAUGCUUCGCGAGCAAGAGAUGAAGCUGCAGCAAGAGCAGCUCCAACGCGAACAAGAGCGCGAGGCCGAGCGCCGUCGUGAGCUCGAGCGCAAGCAACGUGAACAAGAGGAACAUGAGCGCCAGCUUGCUGAAGAGCAUGAGGCCAAUCUGCGUCGUGGACAAGACGAGCUCGAUCGUCAGCGCGAGGCAGAACGGCGCGCACGCGAGGCGAUGAAUGACGAGAUGACGCGAAGCCGUCUUGAGCGCGAGGCUGAGCAUGCCAGCUUCUCGUUGGACGACUUUCAGUGAAACUGGACGAGUGGCGUUGUAUUGAGGAUUGCACUUUGCUCGCCUACUCUAUCCCUCUCCCCCCUUUUUUUGAUUUGAAUUGAAUUGAAUCUUUUCGACCGUUUUUUGUUCAAUAUACCCCAUACCAACAGCC